ACGAGGUCCUACACACCAAAGAGGACCUGAAAGAGGCCUUUGUCCACUACAUGGGGAAGGGUGCCGCCGCAGAGCGCUUCUUCUCAGAUAAAGAGGUUUUUCAAAGGAUUGCACGGGCGGCUGCAGAAUACCCCGGCGCUCAGGUGCGAGACGAAUCGUUUAAUUACAGCAGGAGUGGGUUUUGUGGUCUCUGCCAAACUGUUUCCCUCUGGGCAUGAAUGGACGGAGAUUAGCUGGUGUCUGAGCAGACGAAAUCCUGUCUAACAGGUUUGACUGCCCUGAUUCAGACCGUAGUGUGGUGAAAUCCACAGCAGAUGCUGAAGUGUGCGACCUUUAAUCUGUCUUUCCAUUUAGACUCUGGUUCUGCCUAUGUCCUAUAAUAUCUGGUUUAAUUUUGGCAUCUGCUGUAAAUGGAUCUUGAGAUCCCUUGAGAUCCGACGGUUUCAUUUCAAUGCAUGAGAGGGGAAUUGAGUUUCUGUGUCAAAUUUAAUUUAGCAUAAUCAACAGUAAUUAAAAGGCACAGUGGCUGGACCAUGAAUCUUAUAACAGGUUAUUUACACAACAACAACAAUUUAUAUGAAAAUGUUAAAGGGGGGGUGAAAUGCUAUUUCAUGCAUACUGAGAUUUUUACACUGUUAAAGAGUUGGAUUCCCAUGCUAAACAUGGACAAAGUUUCAAAAAUUAAGUUGUACUUUUCUGUUCCAAAAAUACUCCUUCCAGUUUGUCAAAAGUUUCGGAAAGUUAUUUUCGAGUAUGGCUCUGUGUGACGUUAGAUGGAGCGGAAUUUCCUUAUAUGGGUCCUGAGGCACUUCUGCCGGAAGAGCGCGCUCCCGUAUAGCAGAGCACUGAGAGCACAACAGACUUCACUGAUCAGAGCGAGAGCGUCGCCAAAUGUCACAAAAGGAGCGUGUUUUUGGUUGCCAGGGCAAGACAACCCUGCACAGAUUACCAAAAGAGAAACAGCAUUAAGGGACCAGUGGAUGGAGUUUAUUUUUACAGAGCAUCAACGGAGUUGUGCAAGUGUUUUUGUUUGUUCCCUGCAUUUCGAAGAUGCUUGUUUUACAAACAAGGCCCAGUUUGACGACGGAUUUGCGUAUCGUUUAUUUCUUAAGGAUAAUGCAAUCCCAACGAAAAAGGGUCACGAUCGUGUGUUGGAACCGCAGGCGCUUUAUGUGGGUGGAAAUGCUGCUCUUAUUGGUCAGAAACUGGCGUCUAACCCAGAACUCGUGGUCCUCUUGUGUGGUCCGGUGGGGCCGAAGCUUCAUGAUAUGCUGGAUGAACAGAUCGUAGUCCCGCCCGAAUCUCUACAGGAGACCGAUGAGUUCCACCUCAUCCUGGAGUACAAGUCAGGCGAACAGUGGGGUUCUGCACGAGCGCCUCAAGCGAACCGCUUUAUCCUGUCUCAUGACGUGUCUAAUGGUGAAAUGAGCACGCUGGAGACAUUCGUGGCCAGUCUGGAGGACUUCCAGCCGGACCUGGUGGUUCUGUCCGGACUGCACAUGAUGGAAGGAAUGGGCCGGGAUCUUUGGGAGGAACGACUGAAAGAGGCGGUGGUUGCCAUCUCGGAUGUGAGGAACGAGGUGCCCAUCCACCUGGAGCUGGCUAGUAUGACGGACAGGGACUACAUGAACCGGAUCCUGCAGGAGCAGGUCAUGCCCAUCGUGAACUCCGUCGGUCUGAACGAACAGGAGCUGCUGUUUUUGGCUCAGUCUGGAGGCGGGCCUCACGCUGACCUCACUUCCUGGGAUGGGAUACCUGACGUGGGCCGGGUCAGCGACAUCCUGCUCUGGAUCCUGGAGCAGCACGGCCGGGCGGAUCCACAAUCUGAGGCCGAUCUGACCCGGAUCCACUUCCACACGCUAGCAUACCACAUCCUGGCUACGGUGGAUGGCCACUGGGGGAACCAGGAGGCGGCGGUGUCUGCGGGCGCACGUGUGGCCAGCAGUCAAGCCUGCGGUCUGCAAGACGUGGAUAUCACAAAGGUGAUCCUCAAGGCACCUUUGACCUUCCACAGCUCGUUCUCCGAGCCGAGGGAGAGCCUAGCGGUGGACCCGAGCCGACCGGUCACCGUGUGGAGCAGAGGGAACGUCUCGUUCCAUCUCACACCGGUCCUGGUGUGCAAACACCCGCUCAGGACUGUGGGAUUGGGCGACGCCAUAUCAGCCGAAGGCCUUGUGUUCUCAGAGCUCAUGCCUCGGCCCGAGCUCUAAGAGACGUCUCUCUCCGUCCAUCCUUCUGAAGACACGUCCUCGCCGUUAGAUCCUAACGCUGGAGAAACAGACUCGGAGGGCGUCAAACUACAGGAUGCUUUCAAAGCGAGCUGCGGAUGCACUGUUGUACUUUUGUCUGAAAUCGCAUUUCGUGAAAAAACGCACUGAAUGCAAUGACAUCAAACCAGCGUUUGAACCAAAAAUGAACGUUCGGCUCAUCAUCCGCUCAACACUAAAUCGAAACGACUGUCUUAUAAACACAGUACAGUGCAGAAGUCACAUGGUUUUAGCGAAGUAUAUGAUGACUACUAAUGAGUUUUUAACUAUGAUUAGAGAUCAGACAGACCUGAAAGUGAAUUUUAGAGUCUAAAACAUCUCAAAUCUCUAUAAAGACGCUUUUAUUUGGUGUAUGAACAUUAAUACGUAAGCGGAACCGGAUGCACUUCAGGUUUAGAUCCAGUCUAGUUAACGUGAAGCUCUCUUAUCCUAAUGAAGCAGAAGUGAUUAAAGCAAUGUUCAUGGGGUUAAACUAAAGUCUAAAUAAUUCCUGAAUAGUAGUUUAGAUCACGCGCUUCCCUGAGGCUAUUAUUCCAUGCACAUAUUACUAAGUACUAUUCGUUACUCUUGUCUUAAACGUAUCUAAAUGUUGUUAAAGCUGUAUGUUUUUGUCAUCGUUUGUAUAUAAAUAGAAGAGAAAUCGUAAUAUUCUUCCAUUCAUUCUGCAGGUGUGAAUCAUGAUGCUUCCUGGUUACACUUCAUGAAUCUGUACAUACAAAAGAUGUUACUUUUUUUUAUUAGUCAUGCAUUUCCUUCCAAACAUCUUUGACGUAUGAUUUUGAAUGUUUUAUUUGGGACGUACUAAUUAAUCUCGAUAUGUGAAUUGCUAUCGGUCUUAAACCAGCAUUAAAGCCCAUCUGAGGCUUUUUAACGAAUGCAUAGUUUUAGAAGUGUUGAGCAGUGUUUGUAAAGCAGUUUGAACCACGAAUGGUUUUAUGAACGGUUUGUGUUUCUUGAAUAAGGAAAGAUUCAGAUCAUGAACCUCCUGUAUUUCUGUUACACUCCAUAUUGAUGCGGUUAGUUUCUCAAACCAACGAAAGACUUCUAGCAUUAUUGGAUUUUACAUCCUUCAUCACUGUAUUUAGAUUUGGAAUAACACAGUAGGUGUUGAGUCAUGGUGUGAGAAACUAACAGAAACUUUUAGACUGUAUGAAAUGUUUUAUGGUUUUAGUUUGCACUCGUUAUUAUGCAGCAAAUUCUUUAAGGGUUACUGGGAAAAACAUCCUUCAAUCUUAAACAUAACUACUAGAAAUAUUAGAUCUGUUAACUUGAGUAUGGAAUAUUUUUGUAUUAAUAAAACACUUCUGUACCAGGUAUAAAA